GGCCACGAUAUGAUCUAAGCUGCAGAACUCACUGACAAAUCUGCUUAGACGGAGAUCUCAACUCUACUACACGCCAAACUUCAUCUCUCUCACUCUCUCUCGCGUAUAUUCCAAUCCCCCAUCCCUACCGUCCAUCUCCACUCCCUCAAAACACACACAUUAUUACUCACUACAUUCCUUCUCACAGUCUCACUUCAUUUCUCCACCUCCACACAUCCCAUUCGCCCCAACACGCCGUCGUUUCAAUGGCGACACUCCCCCUCACCACCUCCCUCCGCCUCCGACCACUCCCCAAACAAUCCCCACCGUCCAUCCUCCACUCCACCAGAUCCAUCUCUCUAAAACCCCACACUUUCAACACCACCCCUCUCUCUCUCCAAACCCCGACAUUUUCGCGCCGGCGACUACUCGUCGUCAAAGCAGCCGCCGCGGCGUCACCGUCGGUACCCGUACCCGCCAAACCCGACCCGCCCAAAUCCCCGCCGGUGGGAGCUGCUAUUGGCCCGCUCACCGCCUCAAUCGCCACCGGAAUCAUCCUAUGGCUCAUCCCCGUCCCCGCCGGCGUCACCAAAGUCGCGUGGCAGCUACUCGCCAUCUUCCUCGCCACAAUUGUAGGUAUAAUUACUCAGCCUUUACCGUUAGGUGCUGUUGCUCUUAUGGGAUUAGGUGCUUGUGUUCUAACCAAGACGCUCACUUUCGCUGCGGCUUUUUCGGCUUUCGGUGACCCUAUUCCCUGGUUGAUUGCUCUUGCUUUUUUCUUCGCUAGAGGUUUUAUUAAGACGGGGCUGGGGAAUCGAAUUGCUUAUCAGUUUGUUAAAUUAUUCGGGAGUUCGUCGUUAGGGUUAGGGUAUAGUUUGGUUUUUAGUGAGGCAUUGUUAGCUCCUGCCAUUCCAUCGGUUUCUGCUAGAGCUGGUGGCAUUUUCUUGCCGUUGGUUAAAUCGUUGUGUGUUGCCUGUGGGAGUAAUGUGGGUGAUGGAACUGAGGAGAAGUUGGGAUCGUGGUUGAUGUUGACGUGUUUUCAGACUUCGGUCAUUUCGUCUGCUAUGUUUUUGACAGCUAUGGCUGCCAAUCCUUUGAGUGCCAAUUUGACGUUUAAUACUAUUCAGAAGACGAUUGGGUGGACGGAUUGGGCUAAAGCCGCCAUUGUGCCCGGUUUGGUGUCGUUGAUUGUUGUGCCGAUGUUGUUGUAUGUUAUUUAUCCACCGACUGUUAAGAGUAGUCCUGAUGCUCCCAAGCUUGCUGUGGAGAGGUUGGAGAAGAUGGGACCCAUGUCAAAAAAUGAGAUUAUAAUGGCUGUGACUCUUGUUCUCACGGUUGGGCUCUGGAUUUUUGGAGGAGUACUGAACGUUGAUGCUGUUACUGCUGCCAUUCUUGGGUUGUCGGUCCUUCUUAUUACUGGGGUUGUUUCUUGGAAGGAAUGCUUAGCAGAAUCUGUUGCUUGGGAUACACUUACAUGGUUUGCUGCACUUAUUGCAAUGGCUGGAUACUUAAAUAAAUAUGGUCUCAUUUCCUGGUUCAGCCAAACUGUUGUUCAGUUUGUUGGAGGACUCGGCCUUUCAUGGCAGCUAUCUUUUGGCAUCCUUGUUCUACUCUAUUUCUACUCUCACUACUUUUUUGCAAGUGGAGCUGCUCAUAUUGGUGCUAUGUUCACAGCCUUCUUAUCUGUGGCUAGUGCUCUUGGUACUCCGGCAUAUCUUGGAGCCAUGGUGCUUGCUUUCCUCUCAAACCUCAUGGGUGGACUUACCCACUAUGGAAUAGGAUCAGCACCAGUAUUCUACGGGGCAGGGUACGUUCCUCUUGCCAAAUGGUGGGGGUACGGAUUUGUAGUCUCUGUUGUCAAUAUCAUCAUCUGGCUUGGAGUUGGAGGGGUUUGGUGGAAAUUCCUCGGUCUGUGGUAGUAAAUUUGCCGAUUUCAAGUGUAAUUUUUGUUUAUAUACCGGCUUGACCAUGAUGAGUUUCAAUCUUGUAGUUGGGGCAGGUAUUAAGAUCCAGUUUCUACAUUUUAAUUCUUGAAGUGGGAAUAAUAUUACUGGCUAGGUGGAGGCCGUAUAGAGAAGGUAUACAACACAUCGAGGUCUAUAUCAGUAUCACAGAUUGGAAUGUAUUUAAAUUUUGGACAAAAAAUAGGUAAAAUAUUUGAAACAAGUCAUUUUAUAUUUUGAUUCA